AUGACUGCCGUCUGGAAAGCCGCUGGCCUCACCUACAACCGUUACCUGGCCAUCGCCGCCCGCACGGUGCGCCGCUCCCUCAAGGAGGGCCCCCGCCUCGCUGCUGAGCGCCGCGGCCAGAUGGAUCUCCGUUUCGCCAAGUGGCAGGACGGCAAGCAGGGCGAAGUCCGCUCGCUUGCUGAUGCCAACAACGAGGCCCUUGCCCGCGCUGCCGAGAAAUAG